AUGGCGCCGCUGCCGCCCUUGUCUGCGGAGCGGGGCCGGGAAGGCCCUUUCUGCCGCGGAUCGGAUCGGUGUGGAGAGGCCUGGUGGCGGCUCGGGGACACGCCGGGAGUGGGGCACCUGCAUCGCCUUGUAUCAGUGGGGCUACAGAGAAGGCCCCACGUGGCAGCCCUGCCCCACGCAUACAGCACCAAGGAAGAGGGCUCUGCAAGGCCGAUUGGGCGGUACCCGGUGCCCAACAAGAAGGAUAUGCCAUAUGAUAUUGUGGAGCUCAUGGAGGAAGUGGAAAUGAAGACCGGAUUUUUGCCUAAUGUGUUCAAAGCCAUGUCUCAUCGGCCUGCUGAAUUCAGAGCAUUCUUCGCUUACUACAAUGCCAUUAUGAACAAAGACACGGGUCGGCUCAGCAAGGCGGACAAAGAGCUCAUAAUUGUGGCCACAAGUGCUGUGAAUAGAUGUCCCUACUGCGUGGUUGCACAUGGAGCACUUCAUCGGAUAUAUUCCAAGCAGCCAGCACUGGCUGAUCAGGUCGUAGUGAACUGGAAACUGGCCGACCUGAGCGGCCGGGAGCUGGCCAUGCUGGAGUUCGCCCUCGCGGUCUGCCGAGCCGAUAACAUCACCGAGGAGCACUUCCAGAAGCUGGAGGCGCACGGCUUUGACCGUGAGGACGCCUGGGACAUCGGCAUGAUUUCCGCCUUUUUCGCCAUGUCUAAUCGCAUUGCUCAUUACAUCGACCUGCGCCCGAACGCGGAGUUCUACACGAUGGGCCGGACACCGCGGGAGGAAAAGGAGAACGGGAAAACCGAGCAGGCCUGA